CACCCAUGUCUCCGAGGGAGGAGUCGUCUACACCCACCGAGCUUGCUGCUGGCUCUAGUUUCGUUUCUGCUCUAUGGGCGUUGCCGGCAUCUCCACAAACCUGAAGGAGGAGCUUGCAAUACUUCCAUCUUUUAUUUUUUUCCUGAAGCCACCGCCUUACCUUCUGAUCUGCAAACAUCCCAGUUUCCAAUAAGCAGCCACAACCCAUCGCUCACUUAAAGCCACCCCUCGUUCGGGGUUAGUGUGUCCCGAUGGCAGAAGGAGGACCAGAACAAGGUAACAAUGAUAGUGCAAUAGAAGAGACUCCCAGGAAAAAGAGAAAGUUCAUCAAUUCUCAAAAUGUUGAAGAUGAGGCUCUGAGGAACUACAAGAAGAAACAGAAGGCCCUAAGGACCAUUCUGGACCAGUCCUGUAGGAAGCUGUCAGAAUUUCUCUCGCUGCAUAGCGUGCCUGGAACAACAGAUGGGUUUGGAUAUAUCAAGAACCGCCUUACAGGCUUGAAGCCAAAUGUUUUACAGGAUCCGAUUUAUGUUGGUCUCUUUGGCAGCACUGGGGCUGGGAAAAGCACGUUACUGAAUGCCAUUAUAGAGAAAAAAUUCUUCUUGCCAGUGUCUGGAAGCAAAACCUGCACAUCUUGUGUGGUGCAUAUCAACACAAGCCGCAGCAAAUACCAUGAAGCAAAAAUUCACCUUCUGGAUGAUGAGGAGUGGAAGGAUGAACUCAAGGCUCUGGUGGCACUUAUGGAACUGGAGGAAAAUAGUGAAAAUGACAACGAAAGAGAUGAGGCUGCUUUGAAGAUCCGUGCGAUCUAUGGGAGAGGAGCUGAAACUAAGACUUAUAGAGAGCUGUGUGGGGCGAAACCCGUCGUCAGUAUUCCCUCUUCAAGAUGUAUCGUUUUCAAGGAACUGCAAGCAGAAGAGCUUUCUGAAAAAUUGGACAUGUAUAUUCGGGCUCAGAGCAUCAGUGAUGACACAGAAUCAGAAACAAGUGAAGAAGACAUAAAGAUGCAACUUUGGCCAUUAAUCAGAAAUGUGGAAGUGACUCUCCCAAGGUCGGAUGUGAUUCCAGAAGGUGUCAUCUUCUUGGAUAUUCCAGGGGCAGGCGAUUUCAAUAGCAAAAGGGAUGCAAUGUGGAAAGAGAACAUCAACAAAUGCUCUGUCAUCUGGGUAGUCAGUUCUUUUGAACGUAUUCAAGGAAAAAAAAUCGAUGAGAACCUGCUGAAUGAAGGCAUGAAGGCUUUCCAGUGUGGGAUGUGCAGGGACAUCGCCUUGGUGGCCACCAAGUCUGACACGCUGGACCUAGAGGAAUACAAGAGGGAAAGAAAAAAAGGGCAGAAGCCGAUAACAAACGAACAUGAUGCCAUCCUAGAAAGGAAUGAAACUGUGAAGCAGGAGAAGAGUAAAGUGAUGAAGAAACAGCUAGAGAAGAAACUUCCCAGUCACUCCGAAGUUCUGCAAAAGGCAGAUCUGGUAUACACAGUCAGCGCCCGGGAGUACUGGCAGGGGAGGACGCUCAGCAAAGAAGAAACAGAGAUCCCAAAGCUGAGGGAGUUUCUUCGGAACUUUUAUGUAUCAGAGAAGAGGAAGAUGCUAAAGGAUUAUGCAAAAGAGACUUUGGUCAUUUUUGCACUGAUUCAGAAUCUCAGCUCCAACCAAGACAAACAGCAUUUGCAAGUGAGAAAAAAUGGCUUGAAAGGCUUCAUUAUGGGGAAGAUCAGUGAACUCGAGAAAGAUAUUGAGAAAUGUUUUACACCUAUGGAACAGCAUCUCAGUGAAGGUGUAAAUGAAGCAAAAAGGUCCUAUGAGACAAUUAUUAGCACGUUCCUUAAACGAGACCGUGGGUACCAAGGCUUUCACAGGACACUGAAAGCCGUGUGCCUGAAGAACGGUGUGUUUGCCUCCCGGAUCUUUGACCGGAUAGACAUCAAUGAAUCUCUGGCUCAGCCCAUCUAUGACAAAAUUGACGCGACUUUUGGACAAAUAUUCAGGAUCCAAAUGAGCACCCGGGCCAUGCUGAAGGCCAGCUUGGUUGUGUUCAGAUGUGCAGUGCAGCAGAGGCUGAAGGAAAGCGAGACGAAGAAAUUGGUGACCUUCAGGUUCGAGUUCCUUGAGCAGGAGACAGACUUCAUCAUCAAUGAGAUUGAAAAAGUCAUCCUCCAGAGGAAGGCAGAUAUUUAUCACUCCCUGUCAGCAUCCAUUCAAAAGGACCUAACACCAUAUUAUGAAGAGGCUGCUAAGAUAAGAGGGUCACAAGCCUAUCAAAGGAUGCAAAAUGUCAUUAAUCAGGGCCUAAAGAAUGAGGUGGAAAGGGGAAUGUUUGAAAAAGCAAAGGAGGACAUGAAAAGCGAGCUUCAGAAACUGAAGGUGGAGAUCACGAGGAAGCUGGAGAAGGACUUUUCCGACAUGCUCAGCCUCGCCUUCUGUCCGUGGGACGCGCUAGACGGGAAGCUGCCGGGUACGAUCCGAGUUCUACCCUCUGGGGAAUUCUUCUUUGUCAACAUGCGAUACGAGGAGCUGCAGUCAGCUGAAGAUGCUUAG